AUGGCGCCUUCGCACUUUCUCGAGAUUCCGCGCCCGAGGACUUUCCUACAGAAGAUGUCCCUCCGCACCGGCGCCGAAAUCAUCACCUUCCUGCAGGUUAUUAACAAGGUGUCGGGCAUCUACGGACUCCUCGCCCUCAUCACGGGCGCAAACAUCGACGGAUGGCAGCUGUCCAUGUACCUGUACUCAACGAUUGCCCUGAUCGCCACAACAUUCCUCUACCGACACAUCAGACUACAGAGCCCGUUCGAGACGCUGCUGUUGGCACACCUAUACGCCAUCGACUCGGUCAUCAACGCCCUCUACACGACCUUCUUCGGCAUCGCAUGGUUCUACACCCUCGCUGCACAACCCGGUGACUCUGCCAUGCCGGGAUCGCAUGGCAUCUCUGAAAACGCGGGCUGGACAAGUCCCAAGUACAACGUCUCCAAGGUCGACGUGAUUGCUGAGCCAACCGAGGGCGUACAACCAGGCCAGAACGUCGUCGCAGUGGGACACGGCGCAGCGGCCGGUGCUGGACUCGGCAACGCAGUCUUCCAAAGCGGCAGCAUCAUGAGCAUUUCACUCAUCUCUGGUUUCUGGGCUCUGCGCGUCUACUUCGUCUUCGUCAUGCUGGCUUUCGCGCGCCAGUGCCUGCGCCAACACAUCGCCGCGAACGCUUCCUCUGCUGCUUGGUACAACUCGAACAACAUGCAGACCUCCGCCAACGACCUCGCUGAGAACCCCUUUAUCGAGAGCAAGGAGGAGGGCGCUGGUUGGAAGGGCAAGCUUGGCAGGGCUAUGCUUAGCGGCGCGCCCAAGUACUGGCUCGGCUCUGACGAGGAUGGCGAGUGGAUGCGCGGCGUGGGUGGCAAGUUCAAGAAGCCCACCCAGCUGGAACAGCCUGUUGGCUUCAACGAGCGCGAGCGACGGAGACGCGCUGGUACAGGACCGCCCGUUCCCCAACUCAACCUAGGAGUCAACCCUGAACUGCCGCGGUAA